GUGAAAGUAAACUUCAGUCUUAGUGUUUUGGCGUCUCAGCUGCGUUUUCUUCGAUGAGCGUCGUAAUUCACGAUAAUCCCGUUAAAUCUGAAACCAGCCGGCAUCACAGAGGUCUUCAGUGAAAGAGAUGGCCGGCUCACGUCACAACAACAGUGAUCAGAUGAGAGACCUUAUGCAAUUUGAUGAUGCCUCCGAAAACGGUAAAAAGGAAAUCAAAAAGGAUGAGAAAGACAACAACAGCAAAGAAAACACAAGAGAAGCCACCUGCUCCUCCUCCUCCUCUUCCUCCUCUUCCUCCUCCAAACCUUCUGGUAACGGGGAUGUGAAGGGUUCACCUGGAGAACGGGACGAACCAGGGCCAUCACAGGAGCAGGACGGUGCUUCUUCAUCAUCAUCGUCAUCAUCGUCGUCAUCAUCGUCGUCAUCAUCAUCAUCAUGUUGUGAGCUGAAAGAUCUGAAGCGAUUUCGGCAGUUUCACACCAAGCUGGGUCCACUGACCUACAGCAAGACACACACUGUCCUCAUAGAUGUGCCUAAUUUUAACCGUGACAAAAAAGUUCUGGCCCAGACGGGGAGAGACAUUUGGAACAGUAACCUCGUGAAGAUGCCAGAUUCCUCUCACAGUCUGAUGACGGCCAAGGGUGGAUUCUUCCAGCAAUCCUCCCUAGUGCAGAGGUGGCAAGUGAUCGGCUAUCAUCUGGGUCCUCUGGCCAAGAAAGCAUCAUUGGACGUGGACGAUGUGGCAGAAGCUAUCAUCAAAUAUAACCAGAAGUAUAAAGACAAGUGGACUUUUGAUGCCCUCUACUCUUUUGUUAAGGUUGUCCCGAAAACAGAAAACUACUACCCCAGGCUGUUCCCUAAGAUCAUAGAUUUGGCCCUGAAGCUGCCGCACAUUCUGAGGAAGGUCAUCCCGCUGCUUCAAGGAGGACAAACUGCAUCCAUCACUCUGUCUCAACUUCAGAUAGCGUGUCUGCUAGCUAACGCCUUUUUCUGCACCUUCCCUCACCGCAACACCUCCACUCCCAAAUCAGAGUACCACAACUACCCCACCAUUAACUUCAGCAGUCUGUUCUGGAGCUGGUCAGACAGGAAGAAGGAGAAGCUGAGGGCCAUCAUGCAUUACUUCAAAGUGGUAACAGAUGAGAAAACUAAACCAAAAGGAGGACUGGUGACGUUUGAGAGGAGAUGCCUGAGUGACACAGACAUACCUGACUGGAGAAGCAGUGAAGAGACGAUGCGUAAACUUUACGUGUCAUCGAAAGGCGACAUCGAGACCGAUGGAACGGGCAUGUUACAGGUGGAUUUUGCCUCCAGCUGGAUCGGUGGAGGUGUGCUGGGCUCCGGUCUGGUGCAGGAAGAAAUCCUCUUCCUCAUAAACCCUGAGCUGAUCGUUUCUCGCCUCUUCACUGAGAAACUCGGAGACAGAGAGUGUCUGAUCAUUACAGGCUCUCAGCAGUACAGCAGUUACAGCGGCUAUGGUGACAGCUUUGAGUGGACCGGCCCUCAUGAAGACAAACUCCAAAGGGAUGACUGGGCUCGGCUGCAGCGGCAGAUCCUCGCCAUCGACGCUCAACACUACAAAAACAGAAGAGAGCAGUUUAAAAUGAUCAACGUUACACGGGAGCUGAACAAGGCAUACUGUGGAUUUAAAAGUAGUGGACCCAACGAGCCGGACAUCGCCACAGGGAAAUGGGGCUGUGGAGCCUUCAAUGGAGACCCACAUCUCAAAGCCGUGAUCCAGCUGAUGGCAGCAGCAAAGGCCAACAGAGGAAUGGCCUUCUUUACGUUUGGGGAUGAACACCUGGAGCAAGGCCUGAAGCAGAUCCACCACCUGCUGGUCAAAGAGAAGACGACGGUCGGGAAGCUGUACGGACUUCUGGAGGACUUCUGUGCCGUUCAGAAGGCCUCCGGUGGAUCAGGCACGGAUCUGUUUGAGUUCAUCAGGAACACUUUGGGACAUUCAAAGAGUCAACUGUGAGGACCGAAAAAGGUCCAU